AUGAGGCUUCGUAAUCACGAUACUAAAGGAACCUUACCAGUGUCGCUCGAUAACGGCGUGCCUUGUCCCCUAAGACUAAUGGUGGACGGGGCCUACUUGCGGCUACCGCUGAGCAACGGCUACGAAGGGUAUCGUCGCACAAUCCGCGCUCGUGCCUUCCUAGCUGUCUGUCAGAGGACAGUGCGUAAGUUUGACGCGUUCCCAACCAAGGGCGAUCGCGAUGCAUGGCCAGCAGCCAUAAGCACGGACCAGCCAUCGCUGCUCCGAAAACCCGUAACAGUACUUCAUGUGCGCCCACACUCAGGCCGCAGAAGACGAUCACUUAAACACUAA